GUUUCCUCUGGUAGGCUGUAGGUCUGUGAUAUAGCUUCGUAAACCAACCACGUGAUUAUAAAAUCGUGUAAUAUAUUUCUUGUACACGUUUAAGACUUGAAUAGCCUUCCAGGACAGUCUGAAAUAAGGUGGAAGCCACGGUGCUUUACAGUGAAUGGCGUCCAUUUCAUUCAACCACAGAUAGACUUGUGCUCGAGCCUCUCAGCGCGCGAGCGCUAAAUGGCGUAGCGCACGAGCGCUUCAGAGGAAGUGGCGGGUGAAGCAGGUCCGCACCUUUUCCGGUAACACAGCGCGGCUGAGGGACUGAAGCGAGCGACUGGAGGGGGAGACAAGAGAAAAGGGGAUAGCGGAGUUGGGGGAGUCCGCCGUGUUUGGAAGGGAGAGAAGACACGGAGAGCGGAAACUCGGAUGAAUCAAUGACCUUUGGAGUUUUUUUAGUUUUCUCCUCGGCUGGUUGUUCGGCUUCCAGUUUGCUGCUACGCCAUUAGGAGCACGAUGGUCACCAUGAACUCCUGAAGGGAAUCCCGGGCGCUUAAUGUGCCGAGUGGCUAAAGCGAGCGGAGAGCCGGCGCACAAGGAGGAAGUCGGGGCUGCUGUGGGCCAGCGAGUGGGCCGCUGGGUUAUUUAAAGUGUAAAACACAGAGCUACAGUAGUUACAGCACUGUGCACCGGAGACAGCCGGACAGUCUGAAGAGCUAAGAAGUGGAUUUUUCUGGACCUGUCUUUCAGAAGGUGUUGAGCCACCAGGACACCCAGACAGGUUCAGGAAGGCUGCUUAUCCACACCCUCUGGUCUUAACUUGGUGUUCCAGUAUCUUUCAUUCCUCUAAAGUAUGCAGAUUGAUCUAGCUCAGAAGAAGUUCUCCUCUGUCUCAUAGAAGAGCCAUACUUUUUGUUGCAAAGCAAUAGUUUUGCAGUCUGUUACAGUAUCUAAGAAUUGUGGUGUUACACCUGAAGUAUUACAGCAGCACAUAACCUAACCAAAGGUACGUUACCAAAAAUCCUAGAUCUUUUCCUCCUUAAUAAACAUAAUAUAUGCACAACCAACAAGAUGGGGAAAAUGCUUUCAAAGAUCUUUGGAAACAAGGAGAUGAGAAUAUUGAUGCUUGGACUUGACGCGGCCGGUAAGACAACCAUCCUUUACAAACUCAAACUGGGACAGUCGGUCACCACCAUUCCAACCGUGGGCUUCAACGUGGAAACCGUCACAUAUAAGAAUGUGAAGUUUAACGUGUGGGACGUGGGAGGUCAGGACAAGAUCCGACCGCUUUGGCGGCACUACUACACAGGCACACAGGGGCUCAUCUUUGUGGUGGACUGCGCUGACAGAGAUCGCAUCGACGAGGCCAGACAGGAGCUGCACCGCAUCAUCAAUGACCGCGAGAUGAGGGACGCCAUCAUCUUAAUAUUUGCCAACAAGCAAGAUCUGCCGGACGCAAUGAAGCCACAUGAGAUCCAAGAGAAGCUUGGCUUGACCCGCAUCCGAGACAGGAAUUGGUAUGUGCAGCCUUCGUGCGCUACCACAGGUGACGGACUAUAUGAGGGCCUGACCUGGCUCACUUCAAAUUACAAAUCUUAAUGCACUGCUCAGUUGGACUGGCCAGUGCAAGAGAAAUAGAUAGAUUAAAAAAAUGAGCAAGAAAAGUUAAAUGAGAAAGAAAAAUAUAAAAUGGAAGCAUUUAACAAAUAAUUCCUCUUGCAAAUAUUGGCAAAAAGAAGUUUGCGCAUAAUCCUGUUUCUGUUGAUUUUGAUCAUGCCCUGUAACAGUUUUCUUUUAUAUUAUGUACUGAUCCUUUUGGCUGGCUCUUAAGUUCGCUUUUGGCACUAUUAGAAUUAUAUUACAUUCAAAUGCAACUUAUUGUCUUUCAAUAUUACAUAAAGUGUUUUUUUGUUUUUUUUUUUGGAAGUAUGGAGAUGUAGAUUUCUUUUGCUCUCAUUAAGAUUUCUUUUUAGUCACUGCAAUAUUUUUUUUUUUUUUUUUUUUUUUUUGGAUCCCUGAUCAUCUUUUGUUUUAACCACAUCACCAUUCUUAUGUUGGUACUCUGCUUGCAUUUUGCAUUCACAGAAGCCAGAUUUUGCCCAUGAAUGUAAUGGGAGUGUUACCACUCACACACUCCAAGGUUUCUUUCUUUCCAGACAUGUUAUCUGUCCCAGAAUGGCGUCAUAACUGCAGUUUGUUCAUUUGUCUUCAAAUGACAUCAUGUCACAAUUUGUCAUCAUGUCUCAAGAAUCCAGAAAUGUAAAGCGUCUCUUUGAGUGCAAGGAGUUCAAAUAGGAAAAUAAUGUUAUAGUUGGGACAGUUUUGGCAUAAAAACCUGUGGAUACAUGAUAUCAUGUUUUCCCUCAUUUGUGACACUGGCUUUUUUUUUUUUUUUUUUUUUUUUUUUGAGGGGGUGGAGCCUCAAUUGUAAAUGAGUAUUAAAAUUGUUUGGCUUUUUUUUUUCUUGGGAAGCACAAACAAAACGUGUUUCACAAGAGAUGAGCCAACAUGAAUGAGAGCUGGGCAGAAAUUACAGAGGGAGAGAUGCAUGUAAUGGUGUCAGUGAGGGAACAAGUACAAGGGCCAUUUGCUGAAGUGAGCAAUUCCUGAUUUCUGUUCUGACCUUGUACCCCAAAAAGUGUUUACUAAACCUGCUACCUUUUAGUUACCUGGAUCUUUCAUGGUGCUCUGGAUUCUGAUCUGCAAAUACAAUAACCAACAGCUGCACGCUGCAGUCAGAGAAGCCGAUUUUUGUUUUAAUAAAUUACAAUAAAUGCUUUGUUGUAUUAUUUAGAGCAAUUUGUUAUGCCGAAGAAAAAAAUAAAAAAAAUAAUCAUAUUCCAGUUCAACAAUGAAAGUGCACCUUCUUGAAAUCGUCAGUAUAGAAUAGAAGUUGAUUUAUUUAUUUAUUUUUUUCCUUUCGUAGACAACAUUCCCAGAAGCAGUUCAAGUAAAGUGAGAAGAAAAUGGUUUCAGUAUUAGGUCAGUCUUAGCCUGUUUUAAUUCAGUGAGUUCUUCUGUUGUACCUUGUGGAAGGAUUGUUUAAUCGUAACCUCAGAAUUCUAUAUACAGCAUGAUGAUCUCUUGCUUGGUUUAGCACAUUAAACAAAACCCAAAGUUCCUCA